AAAUAAAACACGUACUCACUACUCCGUUGUCACAAGCACAAUCAACCGGCCGCUUCCUCUUUAUCUUAACCUCCAAGGCUCCAGUCGGUGCUACCAGAAAUCCUAUCGACACGAAAAACAUCGCCGGGAAAAAUGGUGGAUGACAAGUCAGUGCUCGCAGUCAUCCGGGCCGCGAGGCCGUCCUUCAGGAACAAAGCUGACAAGGUGGCGUUCGCCGUCCACGCCCCCUUUGUCGCCGCAGGAUUCGUGCUCCAUGCCGCUGGUCCCCCCGCCGCCGCGGACGACGCCCUCUCCUCCGCCUGUUCCGAUGAGGUAGGGGUAGAUAACUGGAACGAGCUGGACGAUGACUACGCUUUCUUGUACACAAACCCUGCGAAUUCGAAGAAGGUACUAGUUAAGUGCCUGGCGAUGAAUGACAAGUUGCUUGUUGAUGCUUUGAGUGAAGACAGCUCGGAACCUAUUCAUCUCGAAAUCAACAUCGGGGAUUAUGUUACGGAGAAUGGGGGCAGCAAUUAUGCUGCGCAGUACAAGAAUUCUGAGCAGCUGGUGAAAAUAAUAGAUAAAGAAAUUUUGUCUAAAAUCAUUGGUACUCCAAAGGAGAGUCCAUCAACUAAGCCUUCAAGUUCUAGAACAAGGGAUACGGAAGACACUGAACCUGAGAUUCAGAGGCCUCAACCCUCUCCUGGAUUUGAUUAUCCGCCGGUGAAUCCUGGUGGUUUCAGUGAUCUCUUUCCUGGGCCUGGUGCUGGAAUGUACCCUAACAGAGGUGAUUUUGGCAUUGGUAGUGGGGGCAUGUUUGUAGGACCUGACCAUCCUCUAUUUCGUGGGAGUGGGAGAGGGAUAGAUCCUGCUUUGCCUGGAGGAUUACCCAGGGGUAUUCCACCAGGUGCGCGAUUCGAUCCUUAUGGCCCUCCAGGCGUUCCUGGUUUUGAGCCUGGUCGAUUUGUCAGAGACCCACGAAGGAGUGGCCCGAAUCAUCCCGAUCUCGAGCCCUUUCGAGAUGACUAUAUCUAGAGUUUACACUAUUUCUCCAUCCCCGUUGCUAUUUGCUUGUGCAUAGCGGGGCUUCUUCUUUUUUCCCGAUUGAGGAAGUUUUUGUUCUGGUAUCUGGGUUACUGUUUGUAAAUUUGCUGUGGUAGAGCUUAGACAUCAGAGCAUGUCUCAGAUUUUUGGUUUCUGUCUUUAAUUUCUCUUCGGUUCUUAUGUGAUUACCUGAUAUUGGCAUUGGAGAAAAUUGUGGCUACUGGCAAGGAUCUUUGAAAUUUGGUUAGAUAGUUAAGCUCAUUUGUCUUCAGUUAUACUA